AUGUUAAAUGGUUUUCAUAUUUACAUCAUUCUCAGUGCAUUGUGGUGCAUUUUAAUACUUAUACUAGUAGCAAGAGGGAAAGGUUGGGAGGGUAUCUCGGAGAAGCUCGGGGAAGGUAGAGAGGGUAUCUCGGAGAAGCUAGGGGAAGGUAGAGAGGGUAUCUCGGAGAAGCUAGGGGAAGGUAGAGAGGGUAUCUCGGAGAAGCUAGGGGAAGGUAGAGAGGGUAUCUCGGAGAAGCUAGGGGAAGGUGGAGAGGGGGAAGGUGGAGAGGGUAUCUCGGAGAAGCUAGGUGAAGGUGGAGAGGGUAUCUUGGAGAAGGUAGGGGAACAUGGAGAGGGUAUCUCGGAGAAGCUAGGGGAACAUGGAGAGGGUAUCUCGGAGAAGCUAGGGGAACAUGGAGAGGGUAUCUCGGAGAAGCUAGGGGAACAUGGAGAGGGUAUCUCGGAGAAGCUAGGGGAACAUGGAGAGGGUAUCUCGGAGAAGCUAGGGGAACAUGGAGAGGUUAUCUCGGAGAAGCUAGGGGAACAUGGAGAGGGUAUCUCGGAGAAGCUAGGGGAACAUGGAGAGGGUAUCUCGGAGAAGCUAGGGGAACAUGGAGAGGGUAUCUUGGAGAAGCUAGGGGAACAUGGAGAGGGUAUCUCAGAGGAGGUAGGGGAACAUGGAGAGGGUAUCUCGGAGAAGCUAGGGGAACAUGGAGAGGGUAUCUCGGUGACGCUAGGGGAACAUGGAGAGGGUAUCUCAGAGGAGGUAGGGGAACAUGGAGAGGGUAUCUCAGAGGAGGUAGGGGAACAUGGAGAGGGUAUCUCGGAGUAG